GAUGUGGAUGAAUGCGCUUCAGAUUCUCACCAGUGUAACCCCACCCAGAUCUGCAUAAAUACUGAGGGGGGCUAUACCUGUUCCUGCACUGAAGGCUACUGGCUGUUGGAAGGCCAGUGUUUAGAUAUAGAUGAAUGUCGCUAUGGCUACUGCCAGCAGCUGUGUGCCAACGUGCCCGGUUCCUACUCCUGUACGUGCAACCCAGGCUUUACCCUUAAUGAUGAUGGAAGAUCAUGCCAAGAUGUGAACGAAUGCACAAGUGAAAACCCUUGCACUCAGACCUGCGUCAAUACCUACGGCUCUUUUCUCUGCCGCUGUGAACCUGGCUACGAACUGGAAGCUGAUGGAGUUAACUGCAGUGACAUGGACGAAUGCAGCUUCUCAGAGUUCCUCUGCCAGCACGAAUGUGUGAACGCGCCUGGUUCGUACUACUGUAUCUGUCCUUCGGGCUAUAACUUGCUUGACGAUAGCAGAAGCUGCCAAGAUAUCAAUGAAUGUGAAAACAGAAACUUCACCUGCACUCAGCAGCAAACGUGUUUCAAUAUCCCAGGAGAAUAUAAAUGUUUAGACCCAGUAAGAUGCGAGGAACCUUAUAUCCAGAUUAAUGAGAACCGCUGCAUGUGCCCAGCUGAAAACGCCGGUUGCAGAGAUCAGCCAUUCACCAUCUUGUACAGAGUGAUGGAUAUGGUGUCCGGGCGGUCCGUGCCUUCUGACAUUUUUCAGAUGCAAGCAACAACUCGCUACCCUGGAGCUUAUUACAUCUUCCAAAUCAAAUCAGGGAACGAGGGCAGGGAAUUCUACAUGCGG